AUCAGCCUCCUAAAGGUCACAGCCUUAGUAACCCUGUGGGGCAGUUCUCCUCUGCACACAUGGGGUUGCCAUGAGUCAGAAUCAACUGGAAGGCAGCUAACAACAACGAGGAGGUGCUCAGUGUAUAUGUUCCUUUGAAAUGUAACCUCAGAGAGGAGGAGGGAGGAUUACAGUUCUGAGGCUGUUGCCCCCAGAAGCCAGUGGAGUCAAGGAGGAAUCUCAAAGUUCAUUUAGUGCCAUCCCUACCUCCCAGCCCACCCUAGCAGGGCGGCACUGCUCUUGUGGCAGCAAGAGCAGGUUGCAUUUUCUCCAUUUUACAGUGAGGACGAUUUAAGCCCAGAGAGGCAAGGGGAGAACCCAGUAUUUCACCGUGAGUAGCAGCUGUACCAGGCCGAGGCCAGGCCUCCACUCACCCAGGCUGGCUCUCUCUCACAGCAGCCCAGGGAGGUGUCUCAUCGCCCUGCCAGGCAGGCAUGUGGCUGGCACAUGUGUGUGUUUGUUGACUGACUGACUGACCCGAUGUGUGCUGGUGUGCCACGCUGGUCCUGGGCUCGGUGGCAUUGAGGGCUAUAGCUUGCGUGGAAGGCAGAGACCUUUCUCAGGAAAGGCUCACAGGUUUAGGGGCCUGAGGGGCCUUUGCAAAACUCCAGCCUGUGACCGCAGCCGCCUCUGAUGCGCAGCUUCCCCUGGUUGCAGUGAGACUUCUGCGAUGACUGAGUUACCCCAGGAGACAAGAUGUUCCCCUUUGUGCACCCGGAGGCGUCUAUGAUUGGGCAGGCUGCUCUGUGGCUGUGCUAGAAAAAGGCCCUAAAAAAAGUUAAAAACCACACGCCUCCCGGGUCCCUUCCUCAGUGGAGGUUUCAGAAAGAAAAGCAACUGCUCAGCCCAGCACCUCCUACACCUGCCAACACAGCAGGGCUGAGAAGGUGCAGGGGGCAUCAAAGGGAGGGCCUUGCCCAAGGCCCUGGUUUAAAAUGCGGAUUCUGGGCCCCAUCCCAGGGCCACUGACUCAGACUCACUUUGGGCAGACCCAGAAAUGUGAAUUCUUAAAGGACUCUUAAAGGACCCUUGGUGGCACAACACUUAAGCUCUCAACUGCUAAACAAAAGUUGGCGUUAGAAUCUACCCAUUGGCUAUGCAGGAGAAAGACCUGGUUAUCUGCUCCCAUAAAGAUUACAGCCUAGGAAACCCUAUGGGGCAUUGCUACUCUGUCACAUGGGGUCGCUUUGAGUCCAAAUCAACUAGACGGCACCAAACAAUAACAACAGAGGACUCUUAAGCAUGCUGUAGUUAAGAACUGUGGCAGGGAUUUCAAUGAGGGAUACAGGCCCCCCAGAGGGUAUGGGACGCAAGGAUUAGAACUUACAUUGAAAAUAUUUAUUUUCUAUCAUAUCUUUAAAAUUUUUAUUUUUGGUUGUUUUUUUUUUCUAAUGCCUGUAAUAUACUAGGAUGAGCUGUGCAUGUGAGCACACGAGCAAACAUGUUUUUAGUGAUGGACAGCAGUGCGAUAAAAAAAUUUAAACUGGGUCAGAACUGACAUUUCCAAAUCUGGCCACCUGGGUGAUCUUGGCCAAGUCGCUAUUCCAUGCUAUAGUUUUCCUGUGCCUUGUAUGUUUGGUGUGAGGGCAAAUCGAGAACAAAUACGCUUCUAGCCCAAGCCGACACAGAAUGGGCAUGGCAUAUAUGGUGGGGAUUGUGGGUGGGGGAAGGGGGCACAGGGCGAUCUGGAGCAAAUUCUGGGGCUCUGUGUUUGGAGGGGCCAGAGAGGGAGACUGGGUCGGGGAGAGAGAAUGGAAGCCACUGAGCCCUGGUCUAAGGAGCAGGCGUUGUAGCCUAAUGGGUGAGAAUGUCCUUCCCUGUUCCUACUCCAGCCCUUGAGAAGCCAGCCCUGCUCUGGCUGGACCGUUCCCUGGGGAACUAUCUGUCCAGAAAUAGUUGCCUGCUGACUUUUCUCAACAAAUCAAGGCUCCUGACGGGGAUCCAAGCGCUCACGAGGCUGAAACACAGACGUGUCUGUCCAGGGAGGUCUGGAGUUACAGUCCAGCAUGGAGGGCCGGGAGGCUGGCCUGUCCACAGUGUGGCUUUGGACAAGGCCCCUCCACUCCCUGGGCUGCGUGUUCCCACCUGUGGAACCAGCCUUUGUGCGAUCUCACCUGGAGGCCCCUGCCACGCUGACUUGCUGUGAUUCUGUGGAACCUCCCAGACUGGGGUCUCCUGGGGCGGGGCUAUGCCUUUCUGGUCUGUCAUCUGUGUGUGCUUCCAGGGCCCGGCACCGUGCUUGGCACAGAGGAGGCAUUUGGAGAAUGUUUGGGGUAACAGGAGGAUGGGAAAGGAGGAAGAUAAAGGAGAUGAGAGGUUGGAAGGAAGGCAGGAAAGAGUUCUCCAGCAGUUCUUCCCCUGCCACGGCCUCCUAAUGGGUUCCUCUGUGGCCAGUCUACCUGUUCUGGUUCAUUCUCCCAGAGCAGGCAGAGGGAAACUUCUAAGCUGUACUUCUGAUGGUACUCUCCUAUGCCUGAAACCCUCAGUGCUCCCUCCCAGACCCCGGGAUGCACUUGGAACUCCAAGAGGCCCUCCUUGCCCUGCCCACCACCUCUCCUUCCCCACAUUCUCUGUUGUCCGUAUUGCCCAGCCCCUGUCCACAGUACCACAGCCACCGGGAAGCCACUUCCACGUCCAGGAAAGCACCUGGUAGGGUCGCUCCCUCUUGCCUCCAGACUCUGUAUAUACACGCUGAUCCCUGUGCCUGGAAUGCUGCCCUUUUUACCAUCCCUCUUACUGUGGAAGCUCAGGGAAGACUCCCAGAGGAAGUGGCUUCUAAACUGAGGCCUUCCCUGACUUCCUAGGCCUUUUAGGCCCCAGCUCAAUGUUGCCCCAUCACCUCUCGCUUUGAUUUGUAGUCACCGGGUCAUCUGUCCACCUUCCCCCAGCUGUAAGGUCUCAGCCGCUGGACUCUUUACCGUGCAUCUCAGGUAAUUUUACAAAACCCUUGAGAAAGAGGAAUUACUAUCCCAGUUUUACUGAUGGGGACAAUGAAGGCAGAGUGACUUGCCCAAGGUUGCACCCAGGCUGUCUGAUCCCAGAGUCCCUCUGGUAACUUUUUGUUCUGAAUAAAGCAGGGGACUUAAGGAGUCAUGCUGUCCUUUGACUGUGUCCCCAACAGGCCACAGGCAGGAUGUCGGGUGCUGAGAGAAGUCAGCUGUGACUCUGGUGCCCACAGCAGCAGCUCCGUCUCCUGAGGAUGAAGCGGCCCAGGUGAAGUGCGGGCCAGGCCCAAUGGCCAGCUCGGGGACUGAGGUCCACUGGGCCGAGCUGGGCCUGGGGAAGGGGCCCCGGCGGCGGCGGCGGCGCUGGGCCUGGGCCGAGGAAGAGAAAGAUGCUGAUGGGAAUAGAACCCGCAGCUGUGGAGAAGAAGGGCCCUUUCCCAAUGCCGCCAGCCCUGAGCUCCUGGAGGACUUCCACCUGGCCCAGCAGCACCUACUACCCAUGGAGUGGGACCCACAGGCUGGUGGGUGUCAGGAUUCUGAAUCUGGAGAGUCUGCAGGAGAGGAGAUUGAAGCAGAGGAUGUGGACAGCCCAGAAAGUUCCAACUUGCCUGUCUACUGGUUCCCCCAGCAAGAUCAUCAAUUGGACAUGACUGAAGAGGAGCCGGAUGAGGCCCUCGGAAGUCCUCAGGAGGUUGAGGAAGGUGGGGAGAGCUCCCCAAGAUUGAGGUAUGAGACUGGUCAGGACUCAGAGGGCAAUGGAAGCUCCAGCUCUGUGGCUCUGGGGCAGGAUCAGGCAAGAGGCUGGGUGGCCUCAGGCAACAAAGCCAGUGGAGACAAGCUUUCAGAACACUCUGAGGUCAGCCCAUCUGUUGACCUCUGCUCUGCAAGGUCCUGGAGCAGUGGGACUGUGAGCCUCGGCCACCCCAGUGACAUCCUUGAUUCUACCUGGGAAGGAGAAACCCAUAUUCCCCAGCCAACUCCCCUGGUAGAAACUUUACCACAGAGCCUCGGCUGCCACCUUCUAAAUCCAGACGACAGAACUAGAGGAAGCGUUGCUCAGGCAACUCCCACAGAAUUCCAUGACUCCUCAGCAGCCCCACCCCAGAGCCUCCAGUGUCCUGGAGAUGGAUGGAGAGAGACCACCAGCCUCUCCCACCUUCAGCCCGGGGACCAAGCCUGGAAGCGGACAAGGAUACCUGCUAAGCCGCUUCCUUCCCGAUUCAUUGGCUCUGUCAGCCCCCCAAAUCCUCGGCCUAGGCCAGCCCAGCAGGACAGGCUGCCCAGGCAGGGAGCCACUCUGGCUGGCCGCUCUUCUUCUGAUGCCUCCAAGUAUGGCCAGGGACGGCUGAACUACCCACUCCCUGAUUUCUCCAAGGUGGGACCCCGAGUGAGGUUCCCCAAAGAUGAGAGCUACCAUCCCCCCAAGGCAAAGAGCCACAGCUGGCAAUCUCAGGGCCCUGCAGGGCCCCUGAUCUUCAAGUCACCUGCCGAGAUUGUGCAGGAGGUGCUGCUGACCAGCGAAGAAGCCUCCCCAGCAAAGGACCCACCUCCUGCCCACCCUAUCACCAGGGUACCCCAAGAGUUCCAGACACCAGAACAAGCCACCAAGCUGGUCCAUCAGCUCCAGGAGGAUUACCACAAGCUCCUCACCAAGUAUGCAGAGGCUGAGAACACCAUUGACCAUCUGCGCCUAGCGGCCAAGGUGAACCUGUAUUCGGACCCGCCCCAGCCCAGCCACAGUGCCCACAUGGGGACAGUGUCCCAGGGGACCAAAGUCUUGUCCUUCACCAUUCCACAGCCCCGCACAGCGGAGUGGCGGCCAGGCCCCACAGAGGCCCCUCAGCCCUCUGAGGUUUCAGGGUGGCAGUCGGCCCAAGGAGACCCAAGACCCUCCUCACCCACCAACGCCUCCACCCCAGGAUGGCUUCAGAAGAACCAGGUUGUCGCCAGUGACCAGCCCUCAGGGGAGCGGACCCAGUCAGUGGCUUCUCAGGCCAGCCGGUUCCUGGCCAAGGUGGAGUCCUUUGAAGGCCUGGUGCAUGCAGGACGGCUCAUGCCACAGGACCAACUCAAGGGCUUCCAGUGGCUGAAGGCUGCCCACGCGGCCCUAGAGGAGGAGUACCUGAAGGCCUGCAGGGACCAGCACCUGGCUCAGCAGUCUGCCAGCUCCGAAGGGAUGCCUGGGCAAUUUGAUCCCAGCAGGGAGCUGGAGGCAGAGAUAUUCCAACUGGGAAUUCGCCUGGAAGAGCUCAAGGACCAUAUGGACCAACACCAGCAGAAGCCUGAGCGAGUAGUGUCAGAUUCCGCUCUGGAAAGCCCUCCACCUUCGCCUUCCCCCGGCCAGCCAACAGGCCUGCCCUCUCCUUCCAAACAAGCCCGUAUGCCAGCCAUCCAGACCCCCUGCCCUGAGCCUGACACCACUGGGGCUGGCCCCUGCUCUUUGCAUGUGGAUGUGGAUGUGAAUUCUGUCAGCAGUGAGGUGGAGGACAGGCCACCGGAGCUCCCAGCCCCACUCAGGCAUAAGGAACUGCAGAUGGAGCAAGAUUUCCAUGGCCUCCUGGAGCGGUAUAUCAGUGUGAAGUCCCUUCCGGAAGCCAUGAGCAUGGAGGAGGAAGAAGAGGAAAAGGGGCGUGUCCUGGAAGUUGACCGGCCGGCUCUAACUCCAGGGAAAGGAGAGGCCACCAGGCUCACCCCAAGGCAGCUCCCAGGACAGGCUGAGAGAAGUCAUGGCGUCCCCCUUAAGGAGACCACGGAGCAGAUGGUGUCUGUGAAGCCAUCCGGCUUCCAGACAUCCAUGGCCAGAGAAGGACACCCGCCAGGCCUGGACAAGACCAAGGCAGCCCCUCCAGGCCCUGGCAUGCCACACCCCCCUCCAGGCCCUGGCACACCGCACCCCCCUCGCGGUACCAAGUCUGCGGUGUCCCACCAGAGCAGUAUGACCAGCUUGGCAGGAAGUGGCACCUCUGAACGCCUUCCACAGAAGUCUUUCCUCCAAGCUGGUGGGCCCCACCUGGAGGAGCCCUGGAUGGCAUCACCGGAAACAGACAGUGGCUUUGUGGGCUCAGAAACCAGCAGAGUGUCACCUGUCACCCAGGCCCCAGAGCACCGGCUCUCCCAUAACAGCACCCUGGGGACAUCAACACGGCCCGUCACUGCGUCUGUGCCCCAGGAUGGAGCCUCUCACCCCCAGGCCAGGGGUCCUGUGGUUCCCAGAACAGCUGCUGAGCCCAGCACACCCAGGAGCCGAGCCCAGAGGCACGUCUCCAGCCCAGGCAGUCCUCGCCAGCAGAGGGCACCCAGCUUUCACCUGGAGCGGGCAUUGACAGCAGAGAUGGCAGUCCCUUCCUCGGAGUUCAAGGUGCGAAAGCGGAUUUCUGAACAGCUCCUCCCCAGCAAGGCACUCAGCUCACCCCCUACUCCGGCUCCUGCAGCUGCCCCUCUGACCCAUGGGCCGGCAGAGACCACCCCCAGCUUCCUCCUCACCAGGACGGGGCGAGACCAGGCCAUCCGUGAGCUGCAAGAGGAGGUGUCCCGGCUCCGCCUGCGGUUAGAAGACAGCCUGCACCGGCCCUCCCAGCGCAGCCCAAUGCACCCAGCAUCUGCCUCCAACUGUCCCACCAGGGCCCGGGACCGGCCGGCAGAUUCCUCAAUCACCUGGGGCUCCCAAUAUGGCAGUAAAUCCACAGAGAGAUUGUCUGCUGAGCCUGGAGGUGCAGAGCAAGCCAUCCUCACAGGAAGACGGCGAGCCAGGUCCUCCUCGGUGCCUCGGGAGGUGCCCCGGCUGACCCUGACCUCCGAAUCUGAGCCAACCUCCCCCCGGCCCUUCUCUGAAAAGAGCAGGACUACAGAGGAUAGUCCACAGGCAGCUCGGGACAGAAUGAGAGGAGGGGGCAGCACCAGAUGGCCAGACAGGGUCACCUUCCGGGGCCACUACACAGGCCAGGAAUACCAUGUCCUGUCCCCCAAGACUAUCCAGAGAGGCAGUGGCACAGUUUCCUGUUCCCACUGCCAGCCCAUUAGGACCCAAGACCCAGGCGGUGCUGCCACCAGGGACCCACUGGGACCAUCUCCAACCAAAACCCCUCGGUGUCCCAUGUGUCAUCGAGUUGUGCCCCCCCCAGAGGGGGAGAGCCCAGACACAGCCACCUCUGGAGCAGAAAAGGCUGCCACAAGGAGAAAUGUGCCUUCCAACUUCAGCCCCAGGCAGAGGAACGAACAGGCGGGGUCACCCCCGCGGCCACCCACCGGGCUGUGGUAUCUAGCAACUGCACCCCCAGCACCAGCCCCUCCGGCCUUUGCCUAUGUCUCCUCGGUGCCUGUCAUGCCUUACCCAGCAGCCACUGUGUACUAUGUGUCCCCAGGACCUACCUCAGCCCAAGCAGCUACUGAGUGGCCCCCCAAAGCCUCCUCCCAGCCAGCUGCGGCGCACCGGCACUCCAUCCAGCUAGACCUGGCCGGCCUGGAGGAGCUCAACAAGGCGCUAAGCCGGGCUGUCCAAGCGGCCAAGAGCGUCCGCUCCACCACCAAGCAGAUGAGCCGCUCCCUGUCGGCCGACCUUCGCCAGGCCCGAGGCCUGCGGGGCUCCUGCCUCUUCUGACGUGCAGGACGCCCACUGCUCCCUGCAGCCCAGAAGACGGCUGAUGCCACAGUCGCCUGGCAGACUCCCAUAGGCCCCUCACCGGAGGUCUCCCUCCAGCACAGGUCCGGCCUGCUCAGUGUUGGGUAUUUCAAAUGGAGGGGCGUCAGCUAGGCCAUUAGGAGAAGCACCUUCCCAGGGAGCCAGCCUCCUCAAGGAGGUGCUGGGACCAAGGCCACCUUCUGUCCAGAUAGAAUCUCUGGGAGUCUUUUCUCCUAAUCCUGCACUUACACACCCCUGGCUAAUAAUAUGUAUUUUAUAUACAAAUGGAUAUAUCUUCUUUUAAACUGAGGAGUUGUCCUGGUCUUGGACUCUCUUGAGGAGGCCAGAUGAGAAGGGAAAGGGCCUGGGUCUCUGGCACAAACCUGUUCUUCCAUCUGUGACAAGCACAACUCUGAGUAAGCGUCUCUGGGAAAGACAUGGCUGGAGACCGUUGCUUGCUCCAAGAGACCAGUGGUCAGUGGGGUAUAUUGGACCCAUCAGAUGACAGGAAGUGGGAGCUUCAGGGAUGAGAGGCCUUUUCCAUGGGCCCUCUGGGAUGGAGACAACCCAUGGAAGGCCUGGGAGGUGCGUCCACCAUGGUCCCUCCCAGUAGCAGGAAGCAUGCCCAUCAUAGGUCCUCUCAGAACCUCCCCUGAGGCCCUCAGCUCUCUCUAGGGAUCCCUGUGACAUCUGGCUGGUGGCCAGCUACCAGCAGACCCCGGUUUGGGGCCCAGACUGUGGGC